AUGUCUAGUUUGUGUGUGUUUCUGUUUCACUUGCUUUUCUUGACGCAGUUUUUCGCUAAAGCAUCACCAUUGACAUUCCAGCUGAAGAAGGGUCAAAAAGAAUGUCUAUACACACUUACUCCGGAUAUAGACUGUUCAAUCUCGUAUUAUUUUGCAGUGCAACAGGGAGAGAGCAAUGACUUUGAUGUGAAUUACGAAAUAUAUGCCCCAGACGACAAGAACAAGCCAAUAAUUGAGAGGUCUGGUGAACGUCAAGGAGAAUGGUCGUUUGUGGGCCAACAUAAGGGAGAAUAUUCCUUCUGCUUCUACGGUGGUAAGGCACAUGACAAGAUUGUAGAUCUAGACAUUAAGUACACAUGCGAGCGCCAAGAUGAUGUUCGAAAUGAAAGGCGCAAGGUAAGAAAAGCGCAGAGGAACCUAAGAGACUCCAAGAUCGAUCCCUUGCAAGAUACCCUGGAAAAUUCAAUAGAUACCAUAGAAAGGCAGCUCCACGUUCUAGAACGUAAUGUACAACAUUACAAGACUAGAAAUACCAGAAACCAUCACACAGUUUGUUCAACGGAGCGCAGAAUUGUGAUGUUUUCCAUUUAUGGUAUCUUAUUGAUUAUCGGAAUGAGUUGUGCCCAAAUUGCUGCAUUGGAGUUCAUUUUUAGAGAAUCAAGGAAACACAACGUAUGA